UGCACCGCUCAGUCGUCCAUUUCGCACGGCACAGUCCACUGUUAGUUGGUGGUUUUCGUCUCCAUCCCUUUCUCAUUUCUUGUAAACGUCCUCUAGUGUUGUUGAAUAGUUCAUACCUACCUUUGUUAGUCGUGCAUUAUCCUUUCCAGUCAUUGUUACUCAUUCUCUCAACUACUAAUCCAGUCUGUAGUGGCCACAACGCUCUCCCAGUGAAUAACAAGUUUAGCAUAACGCUCUCUCAGUGAGUAAAAGGUCCAGCAUAACGCUUUCCCAGUGAAUACCAAGUUCAGCAUAACGCUCUCCUUCUCUUAGCGACCUACGUAUUCCAGUCAGUCCACUCAGCCAACGUUUGAAAAAGAUUUCACGGAACGGACAAUUCACUCAACAUGUCCAGUCAAGUUGUGUUCGACGCGUUCGCUCGGGAGGUACGGCGACGGUGUGCCACACUGGAAAGUCUUCAGGCUGCUGUGCCUCCUGAGCAGUCGCAAUUGUCCUCCACAUCACGUAAAGUGACAUGGAAACCAUCAUGGUCAUCAGGAUGGACAUACUCAUCAUCAUCAUUGACACGCUGCUACUCAAUGGGAACAAUGCUCCUUCUUGUGAUCUGCUGGGAGGGUGAGCAUCUUCGUGAUGACAUCCUGUCCACUAUUGUACACUACAUAUUUAGUGUACAUAGUGUAGAGGUGGAUGAGAAAGACGAAACUAACUACAACGAGACACUACUGCACCACUGUGCAUUGCGUGGAAAUGAUCGACUAGCAAAUAUACUCAUCGCACGAGGAGCUGAUGUCAAUGUGCAGACCAGCGCGCUACGAUAUACUCCACUUCACUAUGCAGUCGACUAUAACGAGAUCAACGUUGUCAAGGUGAUACUGUCACAUGACAGUGACGGUGUCACGUUGGAUACCACACUGCGUGACAGGAAUGGGAAAACAGCGUUGGACCUAGCCAGGCAAGAGAAACAUAGGGGAUGUGUGCAGUUGCUGCUGGAGCACGAGAGUGCGAAGGAAAUGAAGAAAGAGGAACUUAGAACUGCUGCUGUGGCUGAGGACAUCAUUGGUGGCAAGGACGAGGCCAGCGUGGUACGCGUGCGUAUGUACCUUGUCGGCAAGUACGCCACAGGAAAGUCCAGCUUUGUCCGGGCACUGCUCGGUGAAGAGUUCAUUGAAAAUGCGGACAGCACCGACUCCAUUUCCAUCCAUCGAUCCAAACUCAGAAUGCAUCUCUCCUCUCAACUCGCCACAGGCACACAAGAAGCGGCACAAGUUCUUGUGGACGAGAGUCAACAUAGUUUCUUUGCCAACCUUCUCACAGCCCACAUCCGAUCAUCUCUAGAUCUGGUCAAGAAAAUCAAGGAGGCUCCAGAGCUACCCAUCGCUGCACAACCAUCAGCAUGGUUCAAGCUCAAGAAAUUCACCAGGUCACUGCUUCCAAAACCAAAGAGUACUCCUUUGGCUACUUUCCCGGCUAAUGGUGAAGCAUCAACUACAUCCGCUGUCCACAAUGAGUUUGCCAAUGUUCCUCACGCUAAUGACCUGACCAAAGUGGCACCAGAUGUUAUCUCUCAAGUUCGCUCGUCUGUCAGCCAUGUCGAUAACAGUUCAAAUGAAGCGGAAGCAGCAUAUGCGUUUGUUGAGCUGUGGGACAUGGGUGGACAGAUGCCGAUGUUGGUACAACAAAGCAUCUCGUUUUCAGUUUGUGACAGCGUGUACAUUGUCACUCUUGACAUGAGGUGUGACCUGGAUGAGGAGGUAACGGAAGACGUCUACCGCUUCGAUGGUCAGGAGAUUGUAACUUCUACACCGUUGCCAGGAAUGACGCAGGCUGACUACCUUCACAUGUGUCUGUCACUGAUUGCUUUGCAGCAUAGAGCAGACACACACCCUGACCAGCAUCACCAGCAGCAGCAGCAGCAGCAACAGCAACAGCAGCAACAGCAGCAGCAGCAGCCGCAACAGCCGCAACAGCCGCAGCAGCAACAGCAGCAGCACCAACAACAGCAGCAUCAGCAUCAGUCAGACACAGAGCCGGGUAAAAGCAGUAGCAGCAAUAGCAGCCACCAUCAUGAUGAGAGUAGCACAGCCAUCAUGGUUGUUGUUACACAUGUGGAUCUUGUCGAUGACGACCAAAUAGAGAAGAAGAAGGACAUGUUCUUUAAUGCCGUGUCCAAGCUGGCUGAAAGGGCCGGACCCAACGUCAAGGUCUGUGGACCCUUCUUUGUUGACAAUCACCGUCUUCAAGAUCGCGUAUCUCGCCACAGCCAGCUUGCUGAAGCACAGCAAGAGCUCUCUAGAAUUGUGUCAGCCUUUCCUGUCCAAGCAAUUCCCUUGAUGCAAGUGAAGAUAGAAGAAGCUAUUUCUCUCCACCACAAGGAAAUGCUUCGCUAUGCAAAGGCUGGGUGCAGUGAUGAUGCAAUGCAAGCUACCAGUAGUGAUCAGCAGCAGCAGCGGCAGCAGCAGAGUUUUGUUAGUAUGGACUACCCACAGUUUGUAGACUUUUGUCGGCAUGUUAGCGGCAAAGAUCUCACCACUGCACAAGUGUCUGAUCUACUGCACCACCUUCAGCAACAUGGCACAGUGUUUUGCUGUGACUGCCCGCAUCCACUCACUUCAAGUGUCAUUUUCCUUGAACCCCAGCAGCUAUUACUCAACUUUGUACGCUUGAUGACCUUCCCUCUUAAGGAGACAGCUUUUCCAAGCACCUCAGCAACAUUAGUCAGAGAAGUGCAACACUUUCGACGGACGGGAAUUGCCAGCGCGAGGUUGAUAGAGAAAGUUUGGUAUCCUCUCAGCCGUGUUGUCCAGCUAGCUCUCUGUAAAUCAAUGUGUUACUUCAACUUGGCAGCAGAACUUCAGCCCGCCAGCAGUACAGCUACCAGCAGUACAGCCACCAGCAGUACAGCCACCAGCAGUACAGCCACCAGCAGUACAGCCACCAGCAGCACAGCCACCAGCAGUACAGCCACCAGCAGUACAGCCACCAGCAGCACAGCCACCAGCAGCACAGCCACCAGCAGUACAGCCACCAGCAGUACAGCCACCAGCACCGAAGGGUGUGGCAGUAGAGUCGGCGGCAGCAGCAACAGCAGCAGCAUCAGCGGACAAGACAGAUGUCCCGUUGUCACGCCAGGCCUACCCGACCUCUUCAUCCCGUUCUGUUGCAACCAGGAAGCAUUACGGUUGGUUUUGGAGGAUGAUGUUCCCUUUAAGCUACCGUUUAACCACCUCAGUUUCCCUGGGAUGCUGUUUCCUCCACCACUGUUCGGUCGCUUAGUCACCUACAUAAUUCAUCGUAUGAAGAAAGAGUCAGCCAGUCUUCAAUUCACAUCAAGUGCGGCAUCACUGAAUUUGGAAGUUGGUUGUAGUCAAGUAUGCCUCUGCUGGACACCGACAGGUGUUCGCUUAGAAUGCGCUGCUGAUACACCAUCCAUACUUGCUGAUGUGGCUUGGGAUAUGAAGAGUGCAAUUGCUGACUUCACACAAGUUCUCAGCACCCAAGGGUACCAGCAGUUCACAGUUGUUGGUGAGUCUUUCGCCUGCACUUCCGCAUCAUGCCAGGAUCGCCUGAAGGAAUGCAGCAGUCCUGCAGAGGUGCUGGUACACUCGUCAUGGGUGUUGCUGACCAGCUUGCACAAGAAGCAUUUCUUGACGGCAUACGAGUCAGAUGGGAACACCGCCCUGACCUUCAAGGCUACGUGUGCUACCUGCAAGCAGAAGGUCAUUAUCCCGAGGUCCUUCUGGCCCUGGCUGCGUAAGGAUGUGCCAUUUGUCCAAGCUGAGCAGCCACUAGCAGCAGCAGCAGCAGCAGUGCCACCACCAGCAGCAGCAGCAGCAGUGCUACCAGCAGCAGUGCCACCACCAGCAGCAGUGCCACCAGCAGCAGCAGCAGUGCCACCAGCAGCAGUGCCACCAGCAGCAGUGCCACCACCACCAGCAGCAGUGCCAGCAGCAGCAGUGCCACCAGCAGCAGUGCCACCAGCAGCAGUGCCACCAGCAGCAGUGCCACCACCAGCAGCAGUGCCAGCAGCAGCAGUGCCACCAGCAGCAGUGCCACCAGCAGCAGUGCCACCAGCAGCAGUGCCACCAGCAGCAGUGCCACCAGCAGCAGUGCCACCAGCAGCAGUGCCACCAGCACCAGCAGUGCCACCAGCAGCAGUGCCACCAGCAGGACAAGCAGCAGCAGCUGCAUUACAUCUGCCAUCACCAUCAUCAGCAGCAGCAGCAUCGGAGUCCGCAUCAGCAGCAGCAGCAGCAGCAGCAGUAUUGGAGUCCGCAUCAGCAGCAGCACCAGUGCCACCAGCAGUAAAAUCAACAGCAGCAGUAGCAUCACCAUCACCAUCAUCAUCAGAAUCAUCUACAUCACCAGCAGCAGCAGCAGGAUUAGCACCCGCAGAGGCAGUUUCAUCCCAACCGUCAACAUCACCACUGAAAGUUUUGUCAGACAUUUCUCAUUUUCAAAACUUCAGCCGAAGCAUUGAAGGUUGCGUCAGCCGCCUUAAACGUGAGGACUUUGCCCAAGCCGUUGCAAUACUGAUUGACCCAGAAUACAGCAACGAUUUCAAAGACGACAUGCAAGACUUUAUCGUGAGAAACGGCCAUGGCACCACUAACAUACCGGAUAAUAUGCAUGGUGUUAUCAGGUGGGCCGUGGACAAAGCUGGAACGCGCGAAGUCACCCUGGCCGAGUUGAAGAAGAUAGCGCUAGACCUGAAUCCGGACAAGAAGAAAAAGAUUGAGAAAACAUUCCAUGUUGAAAAAUGGUGAGGCGUCAUCUUGAAGCUGCCCUGCCCAGCGGUGGCCUCUAUUCGUUCCUGGCUUAGCUGUCAACUGUCUACAUUCUACUGGUAGUGAGUCGCUCGACAGCAGAACACCUCAAGCAUCUGAAGACCAUCUUCCAUCACUUGGCAGAGUAUGGUCUGGUGGUCAUUGUCAGCAAGUGUGUCUUCAUGCAGCCCUUCCGUGACAUUCCUCGGUCACAAUGUCCAAGCCGCUGUCGUCGGCGGCAUUGAGACACUGGCAGAGAAAGUCAAGGCCAUGGUGAACUACCCUGCUCCAGACACUCACUCUGCUCUCUAUCUCGCUUUCUAGGUUUGGUAAAUCUCUACCGACGCUUCAUCCCGGAUUGUGCAUGCAUUCUUUAGCCGCUCUCGGAUUUGUUAGCAGGCCCUCAAUCUCCUGAGAACUGCUCGUCGCGAAGGUCGCGAUGAAAUACAUGAAAAUGAAUUCUGAAUAACUAAUUUGUAUUUUGCAUUACAUGACGAUGAUUAACAUUAGUGUUUUCGUAUAUACCAUGACAAUGAUUGUACUCUCUUACUCUCUUACAUUGUGGCUGAUUCCACGCUUGGGUUAGCAGAAUUCUGGUUCCCUAUCUUCAUUUCUAAUGAUUGACUCCAUUUCACUUCAAAGUAGCUUCGAAGGUAGUCUUCGUUUCUCUAGUCUUUGCAUUACCUUCUGAAACAAAUUCUUCGUUAUGUUUUCAUACCGUGAGUAGUCUCGCGCUCUUGAUUUGUUUUGCUCAGGCAUGACUUUCCUUUCUGUUCUUUUUGUUAUGCAUGAUCAUGAUGACGUAUUGGUAUGAUGUAUAUGUGUAUGUGAUCACUUGACCACGUGACUAUGUGUUCACUAACUACAGACAGUAGGGUAGUGCACUUUAGCCAUUCGCUCUCCUUGCUGCUACAUCUUCUCCGUUUCUAUUUUGUCGCUGCACUAGUUCCUUUUUCCACCA